GGAUUGGUCACGUCAUAUAAAGUUGACCUGACCUUGUAGCCCGAGAGGAAGGGCAAAAGAGGAAGGCUUGGUGAUUCUCGGCAAUGUCUGUUAUUUUGAGAAAAGGCUUCGGCAGCAAACUUCAGAAAAAAACCUCCCAAACCCUGGGCAACUGGGGUUGUGCUGUGGAGCUCUGGAUGGAAAGCGUGCUGAAGUCUGGUUGAAUCUAGCAAGCUUUUGUUUGGAGGUCCACCGCCGAAGCCGCACAGGCCUGUGGGAACACCAGCGUUGAGACUGCGGUCUAGAUGAUCCAAAGGCUCAGACCUCAGGCACAUGCGAAUGACCCGGAGUGUGGACAACGUCCAGUUCCUGCCCUUUCUCACCACGGAAGUCAACAACCUGGGCUGGCUGAGUUAUGGGACCUUGAAGGGAGACGGAAUCCUGAUCGGCGUCAACGCAGUGGGUGCUGCACUUCAGACCCUGUAUAUCUUGGCGUAUCUGCAUUACUGCCCUCGGAAGCGUGUUGUGCUCCUUCAGACUGCGACCCUGCUAGGGGUCCUUCUCCUGGGUUAUGGCUACUUUUGGCUCCUGGUACCCGACCCUGAGGGCCGGCUCCAGCAGCUGGGCCUCUUCUGCAGUGUCUUCACCAUCAGCAUGUACCUCUCACCACUGGCUGACUUGGCUAAGGUCAUUCAGACUAAAUCAACCCAAUGUCUCUCCUACCCACUCACCAUUGCUACCCUUCUCACCUCUGCCUCCUGGUGCCUCUAUGGGUUUCAGCUCAGAGAUCCCUACAUCAUGGUGUCCAACUUUCCAGGAAUCGUCACCAGCUUUAUCCGCUUCUGGCUUUUCUGGAAGUACCCUCAGGAGCAAGACAGGAACUAUCGGCUCCUGCAAACCUGAGGCUGCUCACCUGACCACUGGGCACCUUAGUGCCAACCUGAACCAAAGAGAGCUUCUUGUUUCAGCUGGGCCUGCUGUCCAGCUUCCCAGGUGCAAUGGGUUGUGGGAACAAGAGAUGACUUUGAGGAUAAAGGGACCAAAGAAAGAACUUUACUUAAGUGAUUGGUUGGGGCCUAGGAGAUGAAAUCACUUUUAUUUUUUAGAGAGAUUAUUUUUUUUAAUUUUGGAGGUUGGGGUGAUAUGUUUAGAAUAUGCCUUAAAAUAAAGUGUUCCCCACCC